AUGGGCUGCAUGAAAUCAAAGCAAAUUUUCGCAUUUCCUACCACAAUUGAGAGUGACAAGCAGCACACAAGUGCAGAGAGCUUUAUGUCAGAUGAGAUAUUUCAACCUAGGAUGCCUUCUCAAGUUAUCAGUGAGGAAGUGAAGGGACUUACGGAAUCCAAAAUCCUGGUCUUCGAAUUUGCACAUCGCCUGUCCCAGGAAAUCUUGAGUGAUGCCUUGCAGCAGUGGGCAGAUAGUAACACCAAGUACGGCGACAUCCCAUUCAUUGAGAGUGAGGGGCCUUGAUGCUGUAGAAUUAGGACACCUUCUUGAACUGUGGAUAGAGUUGGUGCUAGUCUAAACACAUGAAAGAAAAGCAAAAUGUUGUGUGAAUAAACACUGAUUCCAUCUGAAUGUAAAAAUCAGUCUAUGGUCAUAUCAAGGGUAUAGGAAUACCUAAAGUGAAAUGUGUUUUAAGUCAUUCUAUGGUAAUAGCAAUUUCUGCCUGCUUGUUCUUGGAUUGUAGUCACUUAAAGGACUAAACAGAGGUCCUGUGGCACCACGCUAACCAGCUGUGUCACAUACAGAUUCAGAUGGUACAGCAUCACCAAAGAAAGAAAUAUUUAAACAUGUCCAUAUUUCCAAAUGGUUUAAAAACACUUUUAAAAUAAUGUUAAUUUACACCAAAACUGAGAUAUGAAAAGGAUUGUUCUUGAAAUGUCUUGGCAGUGAAUGGCACUCAAGCCAUAGUGAUUAGCAGUAGCUUCUGUUUGUCCAAACCAUCUGUGUUAAGGAACCCUACUUAACACAAAUGAUCAAGCAUUGGAAAGCAACCCACAUAGAGGAGAUCCACCUUGACCCUCAGGGCCCUAAGCACAGCUGUUAUAGAUGGCUCACACUUCUUGUAUUAGGCAUCUCAACAAGACACAAUUUAUAGAAGUCAUGGCAUUAAUGUUUAUCACAUUGAAUUAAGCCCAGUGAUAUAUUAAUAUAAUUAUACAAGCAAACAAGUUUGGGAACCUUUAUAAACAGCAAUCCAAUAAAUUUUAAAACAAUAGAAGCACUAGCUGGCAAGGUAAAAAGAAUCUGGUCUCUGUGCUGAAUGUGUAUUAAGCUUCGCUAUCUCAGAGGUGUGGAGGGUCAGUUCAUUUUGUUUGUUUAUGGUAACAAUGCCCACACAGGGCAUUUACAGCCAUACACUAUACUAUUGUCAUACACUACACUAUUGUCAUAAAGUUGGCCUUGUUAAAAAACAAGAAUUUAGUGCUGCUUGAGAUCACUGGUGACAAAAAAUUUAGGCGAGAAGUUACUAAGAUGUAACUUGUAGGAAGAUUGAGAAUCAGUCUCUAGAAUUAUCUUUACAUCAAGAUUUUGCCACACAUUGAGUUUAACUGGAAAGGGAAUUAUUUAAGCCCAUUUGCAUUAAAUCCUUUUAUUAAGAUACAACAGACUCUCAUCACUGAAAUCUAAAGGCAGAGAAAGAGGAAGGCUCGUGACCUCUUUGAAGAAAUAAAUAUGCAUUUGGCCUUUUAAACAGACAGAAAUGCUACCUCUAAUUUUAACAAUUAUACUUUGAAACCCACAGUCAAAUAGAGUGAAUUCUCCCGAGUUACUGGGCAAAGAAAAUUCUUUGAAUUGAGUGAUGGGCUCUUUCGGUUGCCUUCAGACGUUUGGUCAUUCAGCUUUCCCUUCACCUAUCCCCCAGGCCAUCUUAACGACUGAGAAGAUAGAAAAACCACCACCCCUGUUUAUAGAAGGCUGAGAACAGAAAGUUUCCUAAAACUGCAAAAACAGUUUUCAGUACCAUCUUGAUAUUUCCAGAUCAUCAAGAAAUACUUAGGUUUCUGAGUGUUAAUACUGAGUCAGACAAAAGCCUAGAUGUUGCUGUUUUUCCUUCAUUUUCUCUCACAUCAGAACACUUUUGCUGCAAGGUCAUUUGUAAUACAUAUUACGGGGAGAACACAAAGCCAUAUAAAAGCAGCACAUUGCACUAAAAUUUUCAGCACGCAUUGGGAAUAGCCUACUGGGUUUUAGUUACACCUAAUUAUUUUAAUCUCAGUUCCUCCUUUGCCCUGGGCUCCUCCAGGGGUGUGGGAUGUCUUUCAGCUCUGAAUCUGGCUGGCUGUGUGAACUCUGUUGCCACCCUCUCUGACACUGGCAGUACAGUUUUGUCACCAAGCACUACCCCUCGUCCCUGAAUCAUUGGAACAGAGUAUAAUAUCUUGUGACAUACAGGGACUUACCUUAUAUUGGACAUGUAUGCCACAUACAUCAAACCACGGAUGAGGAAGUACAAGGCUUGCGUGAUCCGUGUAGUAGUGGAUAAACCAAGGUGGGAGCAGGCAGGAAAAGUCCUGGAUAAACAGAUUUGUACUGCACUGGUAGUCAUCAAGAUCUAGUUUGGCCUUGAUAAGAAAGAUAACAUCUUUAAUAGGAUAUUCAGCUUCUUUCCCAUCUUCAUAUUUAAACGUUGGACUUCAUUUCAAAAGUCUUGAAUGAGCAGUGAAAGAGCAAAAUGACUCUUUCAGGGAGAGAAAUAUAAAACAUAAGACUGAAAGUCUUAUUAGCUGCUGGGAAGGGAAAUAUUUGUUCCAACUUAUAUCACAAACAGACGAAAUAAGAAUAACGGGCAAAUGUAAGGGAGAGGAAAACCAGGGAAAGUGAGCCCAAGAAACGGCACUAAUGCCAAACUCCAUCAGAAGACGCACUGCAAAAACAAGUUUCUAAGUUUUUGACAGGGAAAGGACACAGCAGCAAUUCACCACACUGACACACGCCCACCGCUGGAUCCAGUACAGGGCCAGGUGAGAGGCUACCGUCGAGACAACCUGCAGGUGGCACAAAGUCGAUGCAGCAGAUUGUCAGAGGAAAUGUGCCAGUUCCUCAUUCACACAGACUCACAUGACCCCACAAGCCUGCUUCACCGCCUCUUCCCCAGCUCAGUGACCUUUCAGUUACAGGCCCGUGACGUGCGUCCUCCACUUUCAGUUGCCUUACCAGUUCUCUGCAAACUACCUAUGGUUAUUAUGGGUACCUAAAGCACAGUUUUGAAGGGUAUGAAAAUGAUCAUAGUCCUAAAGAGUAAUUUGUGUCAAAUUGCCUUACUAGUAUGAAAAAUAGACACACUGAAUGAGCAAUGCAUGAUACUUCUAUAUCCUACUCAGUAUCACUGACAUUUUAUGAAAUGGGGGAACUAUAUACUUUUGUAUUAUACAGUUUUAGACAUCGAAGGUUAAUUUAAAAACAAAGUUCUGACAAAUAUACUCUUUGCUUGGUCAUAAUGCCCUCAUCCAGUAUGUGCGUGACCGAAUGGGACACGUCUUGCCUGGGGCACUGGGCACAAGCUCAGACGCACUCCCUUACUCUGCUAAACUCAAGCAUCCUUAGCAAGUUCUCUUCCCUGUCAGACUAAACUAUGGAAUGGUGUAUUUUUUCCAAAUAUUUUUGUGAAAACACUUUUUCGUAACUGUUCAAAUAAAAAUCUAGUUGCAAUUAA